UGUAGUGCUUCAGUUGGACAGAACGUUGCACUUACAGCGGAAGUAACUCAAGAACGAACCCAGAGGUGACUAUUUGCCAAUAUGAGCUGUGCACGUUCGAAUCAUUGAUUGUUCGGGACAGAUUUACCGCUGUUCGGUUGUUUGGUGUUAGCUGGAACACCCAAAGUUAGCGUCCAAGCUGCAGCAAGGGGCCUGCUGCCACGAUGUUCUGGUACAAAGUUGCGGUUUUACUAGUGAUCUUCGGAGCAACGAGCAGAGAGGUACACUGUCAACAGGUUUACCCGAAGCCGUGGAGGAGGUAUAACGGACUUCCUUACAUAGCCCUCCCACUGAGUGACUUCAUUGCACCAGAUUCUAACCAGACAAUUAGGAUUCGAGGUGGUUCAGGAGUACACGAAGGAUUUCUGGAAGUGAAACUGGGAAGCAAAUGGCAUCGCGUUUGCGGAGAGCACUGGAAUAGAAGCACGGCGCAGGCCAUCUGCAGGCAGAUGGGAUACUUCAGGGGCGGUGAAUAUUCACGAAGAAAAUCGGCGUGGUCUGAUGCCUCGCCCGUAAGCGUGCACUGUCCUGAGGAUCCCAGGAGUGUGGUAGACUGCGCCAUCCAGCCAACAGCGUGCGCAGACAAUCGGAGGGUUCGCUUGCACUGCACGCAGGAUUAUGUGUCCACCUGCCUGCCGGGAGAGUAUCCUUUCCUCAACCAGUGCUACUCAGUUGUAUCCACGCGACACCUGACGCAUGAGAAUGCUCGAAGAUUCUGCGAAGGCCGCGGCUCAACCCUAGCUGUCGUUGACUCGCAGCAGAAAAACGAUUUCCUAACAGAAGUUCUUCACAGGUCUCACAAGGGCGCGAACCAGUGGCACACAGACGGUGUGGGCAUCGACGGCAUUUGGAAGUGGGAGUCUACUGGGACCUACAUAACAGAGUACAACAAGUGGCAUUCGAGGAAAGCGUUUGCGUUCAAGCCGGAAUGCAUGGCGCUGCAGAGGUAUUUCCACCCGAAUCCCAGCACAAGGCAGAACUACGGAUACUUCUGGUGGAACAACAUUAACUGCUACGAGAGACUACCUUUCAUCUGCCAGAGAAACGUCUUGUCUAUUGGAUGUCAUUCACCUGACCAAGAAUAUAGCGGCAAUGGCAGCGUCUCGGAGACAGGUCAGCGCUGUUUAGGAUGGGGAGACAACAGAAUAAGACGCGUCGUUCAAAUGAACUUUCCACAGUUCUCGUCCCUGAAGGAGCACAACUACUGCCGAUCGCCCGACGGAGACAGCGUUCCCUGGUGCUACACGUCGGAGAAGGAAUCCGAGUACUGCGACAUACCGCCGUGUUCUGAAGCAAACGCACAAGUGAGGCAGAGUCCAGUGAAGCAUUGCGCUGAAGACGAGUUUGAAUGCAGUCCUGACCAGUGUAUCCGACAGGGAUGGGUUUGUGACGACGACAUUGACUGCAAGAAUGGACGGGACGAGAUGAACUGCGAGAAACACCUGGCCGCCUUCCAAAAGGUUCCCCACGCGAGACUGAGUCCAUACGAAGCACGCAGAUACUACUGGAUCAGCCUAACGAAGUGCGUUUCUAGGUGCGCCUACUCGCAAGUCAUGACGUGCCGUUCCAUCAGUUACAUGGCUUCCACGGGGCUCUGCAUUCUCAGUGAAUAUAACAAUGCACAGACAGGAGCCUUACGCGCGGACCGCUUCUUCGACUAUUUCGAAGCAGUACGCUAUAAAGUGAACUGUACCGGAAUGUUCCAAUGCAGAAACGGCAAAUGCAUCGACAGGACUUUGCUGUGUGACAUUGCCAAUGACUGCGGUGAUCAUUCAGAUGAAGCAAAUUGCCUAAAGAAAAUGGAGCUUCACGUUCGGCUCUCCGGGAGCUCUUCGAGCGACAAUGCGACGGCUGAGGGUCAUGUGGAAGUAAAGGUCCACGGCAGGUGGGGACUAGUGUGCGACGACGGUUGGAACAUUCAUGCUGCCAACGUGGUGUGUCGACAACUUGGCUUCAAGCUAGGCGCUCUUGAAGCCACCAGUCAGUCGUACUAUGGUGUACCAGAGGACGUCCAAUUUAUGAUGGACGAUAUCCACUGCAGCGGCAAUGAAACUUCCUUGGGCCACUGUUCUUUUCCGGGAUGGCACAAACAUAACUGCGUCCCGGGAGAAAUUGCCGGUGUUCGCUGUAGAGUAAAAGGUUGUGAAGUCACCGAGUUUGAAUGUUCUGGAAUGUGCAUUCCGCUGUAUCUCCUCUGCAAUGGUCAAGAGGACUGUCCGGAUGGCAGUGACGAGCGAUUGAAGUGCGACGAUCGUAUCCAAAUCCGUCUCGCCGAUGGACCCGAUUCCUCUUCUGGGCGGCUGGAGAUAUACAAGUUCGGACUAUGGGGAACAGUUUGUGACGACAGCUUCGGGGAAGCAGAAGCGAAAGUGGCUUGCAACAUGCUAGGCUAUAGCGGUAACGCCACUGUGCACCCCAAAGCGUACUACGGCCCUGGAGAAGGACCAGUGUGGCUCGACGAUCUCAACUGUGCUGGUACUGAAGCGUGGCUAGGCAACUGCAGAUCUCAGUUGUGGGGGAUGCAUAACUGUGACCACUCAGAAGACGUCUCUAUUACGUGCACGGUAGCACACGAGACUGGUCGUUCACGAGACAUUGCAGAAGCACGCAGAUUCUGUGGUAUCCCGAAGUUCCAGCCCCGGAUGUAUCAUCCUUAUGGAGGUAUUCGGCGUCCCGUUCACGGAAACCGCAUCAGGCCCCAUCGUAUGCCCAGAACCUCGCCGCUGCCACAUGAUGACAUCGUGGACACUUCAGGUGACGGUAGAAGAAUUUCGCCACGAAUCGUGGACGGUAUCCCGGCCCACUAUGGGGCUCACCCAUGGGUCGUAGACAUCCGCAUACUUUAUGGAGAUGGCCAGUCAAUCCACUGGUGCGGCGGCGUCAUUAUUUCAGAGUACCUCGUGCUCACUGCUGCACACUGCUUUCGAUCUUCCCCGAAUGAGACACACUUCAUCAUACGUGUGGGCCAACACAGGAUGUACGCACCUGACCGUUACGAGAAGGACUACGAAAUAGAAACGGUAAAGAAGCACAAAGACUUCGACAUAGCUACGUUUGUGAACGACCUGUGCAUCUUAAAAGUACGUGACCAGGGAGGUCACGGUAUCCUGUUCAAUGAGCAUGUGCUGCCAGCAUGCUUGCCUUCACCAGACUCUGUCUACGAAGCCAGGACGUUAUGCCUCAUAGCCGGCUGGGGAAGUACACUAGGUGAUCUCAGUGUAGCAGGUUCACUGGGCCCUAUAUCCAAUUCUGCAGUUCUGCGAACAGCAUCCGUACCUCUCUAUCCCCAUGGAGAAUGUGAAAGGCCUUGGGUGUAUGGAGACAGAAUCAAGAGAGGAAUGUUCUGCGCUGGACAUAAGGAAGGAGGGAUGGAUGCCUGCCACGGGGAUAGUGGAGGACCCCUCAUGUGUCCCUCAAACGGAAGAUUUGCAGCCUUUGGGAUAAUCAGCUGGGGUGAGGAAUGCGGACUGGCAAACCGACCAGGCGUUUACGUGAAGGUUCGAGCCUACCUCAAAUGGAUUAUGAAGGCAGAAGCAGAGCUCACCACGUAGGCGAGGAAACACGUUUGCCUGGUGCAUCGGUGCUAUGGAACUGGUCAGCUUACUUACGGAAUUUUAAUAGCAGGAUAUUUGUUAACGACUGUGAAAGCGCCACAAGACAAACUGAAAUGUACAUUCGCAGAAAAAUAAACAAGGAGAAGACUGUC